UUCAUCACUGUUACUGGACGCCGGUCGGGGAAUUUGUUUAUUUUUCGGUGAAUUUGUUCAAGUUGCGUACACGUAGUGAUAGCAAUCUACUAAAAUUCGAAACAGCUUCGACCAAGAAAUAGUAACGCCGGUUCUGAAAAGUAUUGAUGAAAAAAUGACUAAAGAAGAGAAUAUGGGAAAGAAGUCGGUGGAGAACAGUAAUGACACCGACAAAAAAACAGCAUCCGAGGCUGGACCCGAUCCAUCGGCUCCAAUAACUCGAAGAGGCAUACUAACCUCUUUCCUGACUGGUAAAGCCAUGGAAAUACCCGAACCAGAUAUUUUGGGAAAGUGUAGAUUUGUGUCAGAAUUUGAAAAGUUAAAUCGUAUCGGAGAAGGUACUUAUGGAAUUGUAUAUCGUGCUCGUGACACAAAAACAGACAAGGUUGUAGCCUUGAAAAAGGUACGAAUGGAACACGAGAAAGAUGGCUUACCCGUCAGCGGGCUUCGAGAAAUCAGUGUCCUUUUGUCAUGCCGACAUGAAAAUAUAGUACACUUGAAGGAAGUUGUUGUAGGCAGAAGUCUAGAGAGCAUAUUUUUAGCAAUGGAAUAUUGCGAGCAAGAUUUAGCCAGUUUACUCGAUAACAUGCAAGCACCCUUCUCUGAAAGUCAAGUGAAGUGCAUUGUGUUGCAAGUACUGAAGGGCUUGCGGUAUCUGCAUCACAAUUUUAUUGUCCACAGAGAUUUGAAGGUUUCAAAUCUGCUUAUGACAGAUAAAGGAUGUGUUAAAAUUGCUGACUUUGGACUUGCCAGGUGGUUUGGAUUACCUCUAAAGCCUAUGACACCAAGAGUAGUGACUCUUUGGUACAGAGCACCAGAACUAUUAUUACAAGCCAAAACUCAAACAACUUCGGUCGAUAUGUGGGCAGCUGGUUGUAUUUUAGGUGAAUUACUUGGUCACAGACCACUUUUGCCAGGGAGGACUGAGAUCGCUCAGUUGGAAUUAAUCGUUGACUUGCUAGGAACUCCUAGCGAGGCUAUUUGGCCUGAAUUUAAUUCUUUGCCAGCACUCCAGAAUUUCACAUUAAAGCAACAACCGUACAAUAAUUUAAAACAAAGAUUUCCAUGGCUGAGUCCUGCUGGUCUCAGAUUGCUCAAUUUCCUGUUCAUGUAUGAUCCUAAGAAACGAGCCACUGCUGACGAGUGCCUGGAGAGUAGCUAUUUCAAGGAAGCACCAUUACCGUGUGACCCAAAGUUGAUGCCCACAUUUCCGCAACAUAGGAAUAUAAAGAAAACGAAUCAAACAAAGGAGACUCGCGAGCCUGAAACAACGGUGGCGGACCAAACCAGCAAUCUGCCAGCAAUAUCAGACCUUCUUGGCUCUUUAGUUAAAAAAAGGCGCGUGGAGUGAACGGCACUUCUUUAAGCUGUGUAAGUAACUUUUUUACAUAACCUUCUGUAACACGAUAGAUAUACUGGAUGGCGUGAUGAAUAAAUGCAAUCUAUUGUCUGAAGAAAAUA